AUGUCAGGUUUAGAAGCACUUCAGGACUAUGGAAGCAGCUCAUCAGAUGACGAUGAUGAAGGUUUCACAGAGGACCCCUCACAGUCACAGUCUGCCAACAGACAUAAGCAGCAAAACUCAGUCCUCCCAUCUCUCCCACCUGAGAUACUGGGGAUGUUUGGAGAGUCGUCUACAACCCAUCCAGCAGAAGGAGGCCCACAAGAUCCCAGCAUGCAUCAUGAUGGGCGAGUCCGAUCAUUUGAGCAUGUUGCCGGUAAUUGGGCAACAUAUGUGUAUAUUCCAGUGGACUUAACAGAUCGGCUCCAGACAGUCAUGGAAGACCUCCUGGGUAGCCUGCCCUCUAGUGUUGACAUGACGCCAGUGCCUGACCUCCAUAUUAGCAUUUCCAGGACAGUGACCUUACAGUACCAGUGGAUUGACCCGUUUGUAGACUCCAUUAACCAGCAGGUGGCUUCCGUUGAUGCGUUCCACUACUGUUUUGACGACGUGGAGUUUUACGCCAACGACGAGAAAACUAGGUCUUUCAUUGGACUGAAGGUCGGCUACGGACAUCAGGAGAUGCUGAAGUUGGUUGAGGGCAUCGAUCUUUGCCUCAAGGAGUUCUCUCUUCCUGUCUACUACAAGGAGCCAUCUUUCCACGUCAGUUUUGGAUGGUGUCUCGGGGAUUACAGCAAGAUGCUCAGUUCGAGUGACAUCUCCAUAAUCCAGGAAAGGUUUCGGAGGCUUUGCGAGAAUGGGCUUCUACCAAUAUCCAUCUCAGAGGUCUGGUGUAAAGCAGGCUGCAAGCAGUUUAAGAUACCACUGGGAAUUAGGUGACAUUAUGAUCCAGGGAGAGAAGAGCCACGAAUGCCGUGAUUUGAAGAAGGAAGUCGAUCAGAACGGCCAAGCCAGCAUACAGAGCAAAAGUCUGGACAGCAGGGUUUUCGGUCAGAGCACCUAGCGACAAGUAACCAUGG